CGUCCACUCUAGAUGUCGUGUUUGAUGCCCGUCACUGCCCAAAGGCUGCUUUCCGUCUCGUGCUUCUCUAUUGUCUCGAGCAGACAGCGGCGCGUGCGGAAGCGAGGUAAAAGGCGAUUUCAGCAUCUGUGAAGGUGGAGUACGUUGUGUGUAGGUCAGCAGCAACGCAGGAUGUGAUGUCAUCUUUAAGCUUUAACCUCUGGCCAUCCGGAGGUUUGGGUGGGAAUAAGGAGCUCCGCUCUCUCUCCACCCAGCUAGCUAAUCAGGAUGUUUGAGGUGAAGCCAAUGAGUGUGGAAAAGGAGGAGACUGCAGUAGGAACAGACGAUGGUCAAGUGUGUGUGCGCAGUGCAGGGAUGGAGGACACCGUGUACCUGUAUGAGGGUCCAGGCUGGUUCCCAUCCACCUCUCCAGAUCUGCCCAGUGGAAUCUCCCCCCUGCUGGCUCAGGAGACUCUCCACUACAUGACUUUGCUGGCGUUGGACUCUCCUCCUCUCUCCCAUUCUGGUGCUCACUGCCUGUCCAAAGUUCUGAGUUCUGAACGAGUAGACCAGAUGACCAAGACCUACAAUGACAUUGACGUGGUUACACACUUGCUGGCUGAGCGGGAUCGAGAUCUGGAGCUGGCUGCUCGGAUUGGUCAGUCUCUGCUGCAGAGGAACCGUUUACUACAGGAACACAACGACUCACUGGAAGAGCAACUAGCGCAGGCCCUCGACCAGGUGCACCAGCUGCAGCAUGACCUAGUUAAGAAGGAGGAUCUUCUGCGCAUGGUGGCCAGCGCCAGUGAGGAGAGUGAGACUGACUCCAGCUGUUCCACGCCGCUGCGCAACGUCUCGCCUGCAGCAGCCAGUCACGUGCUUGGCCAGCUAGAGCUGCUACAGAGCAAACUCCAGCACCUGGAGGAGGAGAACCACACACUGCGCUCUGAGGCGAGUCGUCUGAAGGAGGAGACUGUGACGUAUGAGGAAAAGGAACAACAUCUGGUCAGCGACUGUGUUAAAGAGCUCCGUGAUUCCAACAGUCAGAUGGUGACACUGGCUGAAGAGCUGGCUCAUAAGAAUGAGACAGUGGUGAGACACCAGGAGGAGAUCACCCUGCUCCUCUCCCAGAUAGUGGAGCUCCAGCACCGAGUCAAAGAGUUGGCUCUGGAGAAGGAGGAGUUGAGGAUUCACUUACAGGCCUCAAAGGAUGCACAGAGACAGCUAACUGCAGAGCUGAAGGACAUGGCAGACAGGAAUGUGGAGUGUGUGGAGAUGCUGCAGGAGACCCAGGAGGAGGUGAAGGAUCUGCGCAAUAAAACGUCUGCACACGCAGGAACACGGAGACACCUGACCUACGGCCUCUACCCCCGGGACUCUCUAGCAGCUGAGAUAGAAGGCACUAUGAGGAGAGAGUUGAGUGUAGACGAGGAGCUGGCCUUCCAAGACCAGAGAUCGCCAUAUGCGCGUGUAUUCCAGACGGUGCGCUCUGUGAGGGCAGCAGUGGGGCGUGAAGUGGCGCCCCCUAUCCCCGGAUCAGGGCACUGCGGCACCGUGAUGACUGCAUUGCCGUUCCCCUCACACACGAACAGAACACAGGAGCCAAACACUUACCAAAACCUGCCCGAUGAGUCCCAGCUGGGCCAACCUGGCUCUCCCACAGGAAGAGACCUCGUCUCAGCUCUUCACCGCCUGUCCUUGCGCAGACAGAACUUCCUGUGUGAGCACCAGUACUUCCAGGCCGAGAGGGACAGAAAGUUGCAGGAGCUGGCGGGGGCGGAGUCAGAGUGUGGUGGGAGUGGUCGUAGCUCCUCUUUCAGCAGCCUGUCAGAGUUUUCGCUCACAUCCAGCUGCUUCAAGUCCUUUCUUCCGGAAAAACUGCAGAUCGUCAAACCAAUGGAAGGCUCUCUGACUCUGUACCACUGGCAGCAGCUGGCUAAGCCUCACCUGGCCACCAUCCUGGACCCCCACCCGGGCGUGGUCACCAAGGGCUUUCGGACACUUCCCCAGGACACCGUGUACCGCCUCUCAGACGUGGAGGAGGAUGAGGAGAGGAGAGAGGGAGGAGAGGAUGAGGAGGACGAGGAAGAAGGAGGGAUCACUUUCCACGUGCACUCAUCUUCCACUCCAGAGGAAACGCAAGAGCGAGUUUUCUGCAUGUCACUCAAAGAUCUGCCCCUUCCACCAUCUCUGAGGGCUUCCCCGGUUGCCUUGGCAACAGCUGUCUCCUUAGCAACAACAGCUAGCAUGGCAGCGACCUCUGGCACCUCAUUAACCUCUGUACCAUCAGGGUCAGCAGCAGUAUCGGGUUCCCAGCCGGCGCCCUCUACCGUCAAUCCGGGUAAGUGUCAGAGCUCCACCUUCUCUACCUACACCUUCACCACCUGCCGGAUCCUACACCCCAGUGAUGUCACACAGGUGACGCCAAGUUCUGCGUCUAGUCCGUCGGUGCGUGAAUACACUCCAAGUUCUCUCCGGUCGGGUCCCAGCACACCGCUCACCGCGUGCAGACUCAGUCUAGAAGACUCUUUCCCACCUCAACGUCCUGCAGCUGCCCCCGGUGGUCUGGCCAAACUCCUGUUGGAGAAGGGCAUCUCUGCCCAAAGGGCUCCUGCCCCCUGCAAGCUGCCCCUUCCUGGGCCCCUGCUCCUCCGCCCCUGUACCCCCCCUAACUCCCCCUGCCCCUCGCCCCUCCCCCUCGAGUCCCGCAGCACCUGCUCUGACAACUUCCUGGCAUCCCGCCCAGCAGAGCUCUUCCUGCAGGAUGUUUACGGCGUGAAGCUUGGCCGCGCCUCCCGACCCGACCUCCCCAGCCCGGAGCCCGCCCCCAUGGAGGAGCUGGCCAAUCAGGACCACACUGGCAGCAACCUUGUUCGGCGUCUACGGAAGCUGGGAUUGGACAGAAACGUUGUGCAGGGGGCGGAGGUCCCUCACUGCCAGGAGUCAGCCACCUUUCUAGCAACAGGUCGAAGCCUAUUGGAUGGGCUAAGGAGGAACCAAAGUCUUCCUGCUAUGAUUGGGCGGUGUCGCACAUCUGCCUCUAGCCCGUCCCAUCCUGUCCUGCCCACACACCCCACCUCCCUCGCCCUACCCAGCCAAUCCUUGGGUAGCCAGAAGCCAAACCCCACACGCAGACACGCCUCCCUUUCCUCAGCUCCGCCUCUUCCGCACAAACACUGAAUUAGUGGUGCAUCAGUAACGCUGUCCAACCCGCCUCUUUGCUUGCAUCCUUAUAACAUAAUGAAUGUUUGUUUAUAUUUAUAGAAUGCCGGUCUUAAAGAGGGUGUGGCCUCGUCCACAUGAUGUGGUUUUUAAGAGCACAGUUGUGGAGGGUAAAUGUGUUUCGGUGAGGAACCGAAGACCUUAGACAAUAAGACCUUAGAAAUAAACACCCCUUAAACAUUUAUUCCCCCAGACUAGAACUGGUCUGUGGCAGGUCUGCGGCAGGUCUGCAGCAGGUUCUUUCAUCGCUCAUGUCUUUCUUCUACCCUGCAGCUUCUCACACAUUAAACUCCAAAGCCAAGGUCAAGCAGAGGUCAGGCAGAGGUCAUUCUGAGGUCAUGUGAUUUCUCAUGUUCUGUCCACGAGGCUCUGUAGGCUCCAUCACAAGAGGUGAGAUAAGGAGUGAGGAAGUGAUGAGGGCCAGGGCACCAGGGUGACGUGAUGAGGGCCGGGGCACCAGGGUGACGUGAUGAGGGCCGGGGCACCAGGGUGACGUGAUGAGGGAACAAAGAAUGUGUGUUAUGGAAUGAAACUUGUGUAGGUUUGUUAUAGACAUGGAGGGUGUUUUGCACGUUAGUCGUCCUCAGAGCCUAACAGUAAGUUGGAGAUGGUAUGUAAAGGUUACCUGAGGAGGUUAGGGGAGAAGAGGAAGGAGUUUAGGAGGAGGAGGAGGAGAUUGCAGAGCCUCGGUAAACAGGUUCAUCUCUACUGUCUCUGCUUCACCCCAACCUGCUGAUGCUUUACUAUAAAACAACCAAACAGCUUCAAACACUACUGAACCAGACAAGCGAGGCUCCGCCUACAGGCUUCCUCUGUCGCUGUGGUUCAGCUUAGUGGUAAAGAGUCUUUACAGGUCUGAUAACUGCCAUGUCCAUCCAGUUGUCAACUUCCUGUAUUGUUACUGACCUGAAAUAAUGACUUCAACUCCCAGCAUGCACGUCUGUCUCCUGCACGUGUGUCUGCGUCCACAGUCGCUUGUAUCACGAUGAGAGGAGAUCUGGUUAAAGGGAAGGUCAAGGAAUGUUUUCGACGUUCGGAUGUUGAGUAUGUAGUAACCACGCUGUGUGUCUUCGCUAACAAUCUGCAUUUUAUUACACUCACUCUCAGUAGUAUGCACAACAUGCCCGACCCCUGCUGAACUGCCACAACGGACUCCAACAGUGACCUCUGACCCCUGCGCUUCUUCCAGUACACUAUUGAUCACUCUAUCCCAAAACUCUUCUUUCUCAUUUUAUGCACUUUGAAUAACGUAAUUAUCUGUAGGUUUCCCGCUAUCUGUGGAUUAGGAAAUUAUCGAGAUGUAGGUUUAAUAUUUUAACAUUAAAAGUUACCACUCUUUAAUUUAACAAUAUUUUAAAUAUAUUGCUUAUUCAUGUUUUGUGGCUCUUUAAAGGAGUUUAAGAUGGAAGUUGCUUUUAAACGUUUGUGUCAAACCAAACCAUGUACACAGCUUUAUGGCUGACUGGGCUGUAUUAUAUAAACACAUUUUAUUUGUUUGGUGGCUGAUGUAAAUGGACCUGUUUUCUCCUCUGUUGGAUGGAGCAUAAUGUAAGGGGUGGGGCCAAACCAGGGGGCAGGGCUUGUGGUUUUGCUAUGGCUGGAUGGCUGGUGUGGACUGGUCAAAUCCCUGCUGUAGCUGACUCAGUCUGGCCUGUCACUCAGGACAACGACGUGAUGUCAACUGUAGUUUUAAUGCCAUUCAGUAAUUAACCAUAAAGGCUAACCCUUUACCCAUCCAGUGUCCCCAAGAGUGCCGUCGUGUAACAGCAUUUUAAAUCGAAUAAACAAAACAAAUCUUGA